GGAGGGAAAACAUGGCGAUGGGGGAAAUGGCGAUAAAGGAGGAAAAUGGCGGUGGAGGGAAAAAACAGUGGUGGAGGGAAAAAAUGGCGGUGGAGGGAAAAAAUAGCGAUGGAGGAAGAAAAUGGCGGUGGAGGGAAAAAAUGGCGAUGGGGAAAAUGGCGAUGGAAGAGGAAAAUGGCGAUGGGGAAAAUGGCGAUGGGGAAAAUGGCGAUGGAGAAAAUGGCGGUGGAGAAAAUGGCGGUGGAGGAGGAGGAAGACGAAAAUUGCGAUGGGGAAAAAGAUUGCGAUGGGGAGGACGAAGAGUAGGAGGAGGAGGAGGAGGAGGGGGAGGAGGAGGAGGUGGAGGAGGUGGAGGAGGAAAAUGGCGAUGGGAAAAAUGGCGAUGCAGAAAAUGGCGGUGGAUGAGUAGGAGGAGGAGGAGAAGGAGGUGGAGGAGGAAAAUGGCGAUUGGAAAUAUGGCGAUGGAGAAUAAAUGGCGAUGGAGGAGGAGGAAGAGGAAAAUAUGCGAUGGGGAAAAAGAUCGCGAUGGGGAGGAGGAAGAGGAGGAGGAGGAGGAGGAGGAGGAGGAGGAGGAAGAGGAGGAGGAGGUGGAAAAGGUGGAGGAGGAAAAUGGCGAUGGGAAAAAUGGCGAUGCAGAAAAUGGCGGUGGACGACGAGAAAGAGGAGAAGGAGGAGGAGGAGGAGGAGGAGAAGGAGGAGGAGGAGGACGAGGAGGAGGAGGAGGACGAGGAGGAGGACGAGGAGGAGGAAAAUGGAAGAGGAAAUGGCGAUGGGGAAAAAGAUCGCGAUGGGGAGGAGGAGGAGGAGGAGGAGGAGGAGGAGGAGGAAGAGGAGGAAGAGGAAAUGGCGAUGGGGAAAAAGAUCGCGAUGGGGAGGAGGAGGAGGAGGAGAAGGAGGAGGAGGAAGAGGAAGAGGAGGAAGACGAGGAAGAGGAAAUGACGAUAAGAAAAAGAACGCGAUCCGAGGAGGAGGAAGAGGAGGAGGAGGAUUUAGAGGAGGAGGAGGAUUUAGAGGAGGAGGAGGUGGAGGAGGCGGAGCUCGCGCAAUGGUCAGCUGCCGCCAAUGGUAACGUCCACGAUCACUUGGCAUGCAACCAUGCAAUGGUGUGGCCCGGCGUCCCAAAGGAGCCAGCAAGAACCAUGGCUCCUGCACAGCGUUUCGGGACGGUGGACCAUGCCGCGGUGCCGUCCUGCGUGUUCGGGGACGUCGCGCCACGUCACGGUAUGGUCCGGCGGCUCGGGGACGCUGGACCAUGCCGUGGUAUGGUCCGGCAGCUCGGGGACGCCGGGCCAUGCCAUGGCAUGGUCCCGCGGCUACGGGACACUGGACCAUGCCAUGGUAUGGUCCGACGGCUCGGGGACGUCGGUCCAUGCCAUGGUAUGGUCCGGCAGUUCGGGGACGCCGGACCAUGCCAUGGUAUGGUCCGGCGGCUCAGGGAUGCCGGACCAUACCGUGGCAUGGUCCGGCGGCUCGGGGACGCCGGACGAUGCCAUGGCGACUCCGCGACGCAGGACCGUGCCCUGGUAUGAUUGAUCUCCACGAUGCCGGACCGUGUCACGGUAUGGUCCGGGGGGCCCGUGCCGCCGGACCAUGCCAUGGCAUGGUCACCCUAAAACCUA